AAGAGUGUUGAAAUCCAGUGCUUUCCAUCUGCUGGACUUGUUUGGCACCUCCAGCACACCGUAGAACUCAAAAAGGCCAGUUAUAGUUACAGUAUACUGACGGGCUGUAAUAAAGCCGACCGUGACAAUGGCUUCUACAAGAAAUCUAAACAGAUUUUGGGAGUGGGGACGUAAAAUUAUCUGUGUUGGAAGAAAUUAUGCUGACCAUGCCAAAGAACUGAAAAAUGCGGUCCCAACAGAGCCUGUGUUGUUUCUGAAACCACCCUCUGCUUAUGUGACUGAAGGGUCGUCUAUAAUGGUGCCUUUCUACUCUCACAAUUUACACCAUGAAGUGGAGCUGGGGGUCGUUAUUGGGAAAGGGGGGACAGCAAUCCCCCAGAACGCUGCAAUGGACCACAUCGCCGGCUAUGCGUUGUGUCUCGAUAUGACAGCCAGGGAUGUCCAAGACGAAUGCAAAACCAAAGGUCUGCCGUGGACUCUCGCAAAAGCAUUCAACACGUCAUGUCCCGUGAGCGAAUUUAUCACCAAGGAAAAGAUCGCCGACCCUGGCAAUGUAAAGAUUUGGCUCAAAGUGAAUGACCAGUUACGACAGGAAGGCAACACCUCCCAAAUGAUCUUCUCGAUCCCUUUUCUCAUCAGUUACAUCAGCGAGAUCAUAACUUUGGAAGAGGGUGACCUCAUUUUGACAGGGACCCCGAAAGGAGUAUCAAGCGUUCAGGAACACGAUGAACUGCAGGCAGGGAUCGAGGGCAUUGUGAGCAUGAAGUUCAGAGUGGAUAGGCCAGAGUGACCUUCUUUAAGUCUCUGGAUAAGUUCUAAGUUGGAUAAUGUGUAAACAUUAUCAAAAACUACAGAAAUAAAUGUGAAUUUAUUUGCAA